AUGCGUGUGUGUGUGUUUACAGUGCAAGAUUGCGUGCCGCUCUCAUGUGUGACAGCCGGCCUGCAGAGGAGCCGAGGCAACAACAGAGCAGAAAGAAAGCAAAAAGUGAAUGUUGCUCAGCCGGCUGCGAAUAAGAGGCCUGAGGACAUCACCAGGACCAAAACAGAAUCUGAGGGAGAGAGAAAGGGGGAGAGGAAAAGGGUGGUGGUGAGAAAGGAGACAGGAUACAAGAUGAUGGAAGUGAAGAGGAUGGAAGAAGGAAAGAAGAAGGAAGACUCAGGAAGGACAGAAGUAGGAAUAUGGAGGAUUGAGAGGCAGAAUGAACAACAAACUGAGUGA